GUCCCUCCCGCGAGCUCCUUGGCCUCCCAAUCGUCCCGCUUUCCCCGCCCGCCUAACGUCUGGGCACGUACCCCACGCGGCGCGCAACACGCAAGGCCUGCACUUAACCUCUACUCGCCCAGUGCAAACUUAAAAGUCCCGGCGGGCGCGAGCGGCGCGCAGUCGGGCGGCGGGAGCGGACCCGGCAGCCGCGGCCCGGCCGACCAUGACUUGCUACCGGGGCUUCCUGUUGGGCAGCUGUCGGCGCGUGGCGGGCGGCCGGGCGGCGCUGCGCGGGGCGGGAGCGGGAGCUGGAGGCCCCGCUGGCCGGCGGCACCUGGGGCACGGGCAGCCGCGCGAGCUGGCGGGCUGUGGCGGCUUCCGCCCCUCGCGGGUGGUGGUGGUGGCCAAAACCACCCGGUACGAGUUCGAGCAGCAGCGGUACCGCUACGCGGAGCUAUCGGAGGAGGACCUGAAGCAGCUGCUUGCAUUAAAAGGCUCUAGCUACAGUGGAUUACUUGAACGACAUCAUAUUCACACCAAAAAUGUACAGCAUAUUGUAGAUAGCUUACGGAAUGAGGGAAUUGAGGUUCGACUAGUAAAGAGGAGAGAAUAUGAUGAAGAGACUGUUCGAUGGGCAGAUGCUGUCAUAGCUGCAGGAGGUGAUGGUACAAUGCUUCUGGCAGCAAGUAAAGUCUUAGACAGACUUAAACCAGUUAUAGGAGUAAACACUGAUCCAGAACGGUCUGAAGGUCACUUAUGUCUGCCUGUUCGAUAUACACAUUCCUUCCCAGAAGCCUUACAGAAGUUCUGUCGUGGUGAGUUCAGAUGGUUAUGGAGGCAGCGAAUCAGGUUGUAUCUUGAAGGGACUGGCAUCAACCCCAUUCCUGUGGACCUUCAUGAACAGCAGCUAAGUUUGAAUCAGCAUAGCAGAGCCUUCAACAUUGAGAGAGUUGGUGAUGAAAGCUCUGAGGUUUCAGGACCCCAGCUUCUGCCAGUGAGAGCACUAAAUGAAGUCUUCAUUGGGGAGAGUCUGUCAUCCAGAAUGUCUUAUUCUUGGGCUGUAGCAGUGGACAGUUUAAGAAGAAGUAUACCCACUCUAAAGGGACUGGCAUCCUAUUAUGAGAUCUCAGUGGAUGAUGGCCCAUGGGAAAAACAGAAGAGUUCUGGGCUCAAUUUGUGUACUGGGACAGGAUCAAAGGCCUGUUUUUUUUUUAGGUCUUUUAAUAUUAACAGGGUAGCAACUCAGGCUGUGGAAGAUGUUUUAAAUAUUGCAAAACGACAAGGAAAUUUGAAUCUUCCAUUGAACAGAGAAUUGGUAGAGAAAGUAACAAAUGAAUAUAAUGAAUCUCUACUGUUCAGUCCAGAAGAGCCAAAAAUACUUUUCAGUAUCCGAGAACCAAUAGCAAACCGAGUUUUCUCCAGCAGCCGCCAGCGUUGUUUCUCCUCAAAGGUUUGUGUUCGUUCUCGUUGUUGGGAUGCCUGUAUGGUUGUGGAUGGAGGAACUUCUUUUGAGUUUAAUGAUGGGGCAAUUGCUUCAAUGAUGAUUAAUAAAGAAGAUGAGCUUCGAACUGUGCUUCUAGAACAGUGAAGGAUUUCCUCAGAUGACAAGUUUUGAUUACUGGGAAAAUUCUUUGAUUGCAGCAACAGACCACCAGUCAUAAAGCUUCUUCUUCUUCUUUUUUUUUUGUUAUGAUUGAGACAUGUUGCCCUGGGCUCAGAAGUGACAAAGAAAAUGAGAUUUACAUUCUUCUUCUGUUGGAUUCUGAUAGAGAAAGGAUGGUGACUGUAUGAAAAAGUAGAUGAACUAAAUGGAUUACAAUUGAUACCAGUGAAUUUUUUUUAAAUUUAUAAUUGGUAACCAAGAAUGUUGUAUCUUUUAAUUUAGAAGCAGGUUUAAUAAAGGAUUAAAUGUUUAGGAUUUGAAAUUUUAAUUGAACAGAUGGUUUUUUCUUCCCUUUCUUUCUUUGUGAAAUUGGUCACAUAGCAUUUAAGUGCUUAUUUUUCAUAGUAAGUGAAAGUAAAGAUUUUUACAAUUUUGAUAAUUUUGAUAAAUCCUGACAUUGACCUAACUGAAGUAGGUUAAAUGUAGUUUUUAUAUGUGCUGACAAUUUCCUAAUUCUAAAACACAAUGAUGUGAUCCUUAUUGAUUUAAAAAUUUCAGCAAUUUUUGAAAUUAUAGAUGAAUAUUUUCAUCACAAUUUCAGUAAUAUCCAGAUGAAACACCUCUUGGGACAAAAUCAUGAGGCUGUUACAAAUAUACUAAAAUAGCUACUUUAGGUAAGACAAUCUUUUUAAAAAGAUGGUUUUGAGUCCCAUAAGUCUCUUCUGUGUUUAAAGGUCACUUAACAUGGAUUUAGAGACUAAAAGGAUAAAUUGAUGAGACAUGGUUUCUUAAGAAUUGGGCAAAAUCUUUAAAAACUAUUUUUAUUGAGUGCUGGGAAUAUUGUUAUAAAGAGAAUGGGUUUGUUUAGUAAAUAUGUCAAACAGUCAUUUUGGAAUUGCUUUUUUCAAUAUUGUGGGUUUCAGUUAUAUCAAUCUUUAAAAUUUUACAUAAUAAAUUUGUGGGGAAAAUGUGAUGGCUUUUUUCCCCCAUUAUGAGAAUUUCUUUAUUCUUGGAAAUUGUUAUUUAAUUCUUGAAUCUACUUAUAAUAAGUAAUCCUGUAAUUUUCACAAAAAAUUAUAUUGCUGAAUAAUUGAAUGGCAUUUAUCCAAAGUUGUGUUUUUUUCACUCGCUGGUAAAAUUUAUGUCACUGAUAAGUGCCCACUCUGUGCCAUGUAUUACUAGGUGCUGGAUACAUGUUGAUGAAUAAAACAUACUAUCACUAGAAUUUCAGACCAGUAAGAUCAGCAGUAAAAUUCUUUUGAAGCCAGGACAUAUAGCCAAAUUGAGUGCUCUUAGUUUUGUCACCAGUGUUCUUUGCUCUUAGAAAAAAAAUUUAAAAAUGAAUGUUGAGGUAAAAAGUUAACCUAGAUUUUGAUGUAUUCUCUAAGAAUCUGUUGUAUUUUUCUUAAUUAGGAGUAAUGUACAUAAAUACUCAGAGCAGGUAAUUUACAUAAGAUGGAGGUAAAAUAAAAAUAAAGUGUUUUGCCAGGGGUAUCAGUUAGUUGGAUUUAAAAUAUGUAAGAUAAUACUUUAUAAAGAAGUUAAAAUUCCACAAUAUAGAAUGUGCUUUAGAAGGUUUCAAAAUACCUUGAGAAAAUGCCAGCUUGAUAGUAUCUCAAGGAUAUUGGUUGGAAUAUUGAUUGCCUGAUUGCCUGUGUGCCACCAUAGAUCUGUUAAUAUGUAACAUAUUAAUAGAUAACCUGCUGUGUGAAAAGCCAUACUUAAAAUAUGUUUUAUUUGCAAUAUAACUUCUACUCCAUGGUGGAAUCUAUUUCUAAGAGAUGAAAAGAAAGGAUGUUAGAAUAGCCAAAAUGUUUUUAUAAAUGAGUUAAUCUUUUAAUGGUCACUAUGUGAAUAAAAUUAAACCAUUGUUA